AUGGAUUCCCACUUAAACGCUACUAGGCAGCAAUCUCACGUGCAUCAUCCACUUCCACGCCACAGCUCAUGGUUAGGCCUCACACUAAGAGAAGUCGAAAACCAAUUAGGCAGCAGCCUUACCAAGCCACUCGGCAGUAUGAACCUCGAUGAGCUCCUCAAGAGAGUAUGGACCAGAAAUGACAAUGCUGCUGUCUCCAUCCAGCAGCAGGCUAGCUGGUCACUCGCGAUGACUCUCACUGGAAAAACGGUCGACCAAGUGUGGAGGGACAUACAGACAGGUUGUAAAAUCAGGGGUGGCGAAUCUAGUUGGGAAAGAGAGUCGACUCUUGGUGAGACAACCCUGGAGGAUUUUCUGGUGAAAGCGGGCACGUACGUAUCAAGUGCCUCGAUCGAGCCCAUUCUGUCGUUGGAUAGUGCGCUUAGGGCCCACAAGUUCUCAUCCCAAACGGGUUUGUUGUCUCCUUCUCCCUCAAUCGACGAGUUAUCUGAUACACCAAUCUCGUCAAGGAAAAGUACCCUUGGGAACCUUGAGAAGGCGAUCGAGAGGCGACUAAAGCGGAAGAUUAAGAAUCGGGAGUCGGCCGCUCGUUCACGUGCGAGAAAGCAGGCCUACCACAAUGAGUUGGUGACAAAGGUCGCACAUCUUGAGGAGGAGAAUUCGAAACUGAAAAAGGAACAGAAAUUCGAGAAGAUGAUGUCGUGUGAAUUUUCUGAAAAGAGAUACCAACUCCGAAGAACAAGUUCAUUCUAA